AUGAAGGAUCAUAAAUUGAAUUUUUUAUAUAAUAAGAGAAAGGGCGUCCCUCUAUUACGAGGAAGAAUAUAUAUUUUUAAUUUCUUGAUGAUACCAUUGUAUUAUUACAGUAUUACAAAAUAUGAGUUGGAUAAUGACACUAGACUCACAUUCUACAUACACUUUUUGUGUUAUGUGUUUAAUACACUGGCGUGUGCUUUAUACCAUAAUGGCUCCUGUAACUUAAUAGACAGAUCAACCUAUAGAAGAAUGGAUUACGCAGGGGUAUUUAUGGCAAAUUUGGGAUCGCCCUUUCCCGGAAUGAUGUAUUUCCUGAAAACAGACUUGGAUCUUAUUGUAUUAUUGACACAUUUGUUUGUAAAUUUUCUAGGAGCUUUGGCGUAUUUAAACACGGACCUUAUUUACUCAAAGAGGUUUUACAGAUACGUGAUGCUGGCGGCACCAAACUUUAUUUCAGUACAUUUUUUGUACAAUAUUUUUGCACACAAAAGGUACCUGGCCCUAGUAUUUUACCUUAUAUCCUCAACUUUGUUCAUGUCCGGGGCUAUCAUUUGGACGACUCAGAAGCCAAAUUUUUUUGAAGGAGUGUUUGAGUUCCACGAACUUUGCCAUACAUUUUAUCUAAUUGCCAUAUUUAUGGCCUUUAUGAUGAAUUGUAGCAUAAUAAUAUGGCAAAGGUAA